CAAGAACUGAAAAACAUUCAAGGUGAGCAGAUGACAAAACUUCAAGCCAAACACCAGGCAGAAUGUGAUUUACUUGAAGAUAUGAGGACUUUCAGUCAGAAGAAGGCUGCUAUUGAAAGAGAGUAUGCACAGUGGCCUAACAAGGUGAAAGGAUGCUAAGCUGGCUACAGGAGCUUCGAAAGGAGGAGGAGACCCUGCUGCGUCUAAAGGCGGCCUUGCACGACCAACUGAACCGCCUCAAGGUGGAAGAAUUGGCCCUCCAAUCAAUGAUAAGUUCUCGAAGAGGGACUGAGACACUGUCUUCUCAUUCUGCACCUGAACAGUUACAUGAUAUGUCAGUGCAUGUAGACAAUGAAGCAUCAAUCAAUCAAACCACACUGAAGCUGAGCACAAGGAGCCCUAUGGAGGAAGAAGAAGAGGAAGAGGAAGAAUCUGAUUCGUAAAGGGAGACAAGAGCUAGGAUGAGAUGCACAUCUGAACAGCGACAAGCAUGGGAGAGGCUUGAAAGCAACAUGGCAUGCCACUGGGCACAGGAUUUCCCCUUUGCUGCUUCCCAAAGGCUCAGAUGCUAGCGGCAUGGGUUGGUGUGCUAGGCUGGUUAAACCCAAUGGUGGAACAGAGCCAACCUGCAAAAUCUACCUCCUCAGUAUCCGAUCUCUUGAUGAAAGCAUGAACCUGUGUGCAGAAAACAAGGAAAAACUACCAGGAAGGAAAAGCAAGAGUCUCUGCCUGGGUACCACUUGGAAGAUGCUUCUAGCAUUGGCCCUUUAGCAACAAGUAGUCUAGCUGCAAGCCCAGAGACCUUCUGCCACACACAUAAGCUGGGGCAACCUUGUCUCUCUGAGCAACUCUAGUUUGUUGGAAGGUACACUCAAGGCUGCACAUGGCAUGGAGUCUGGAUCUUAAAAAGUAUCACCUUCCUAUGUCACUGCCAUCACAUAAGAACUAGAUGAAGAGUAACUCAGGAAAUGUGAGGUGAACCAGGCAGAGCUAGAAAAAGUCCUGUUCUCAGGAAGGUUAUGGAUGCUGGCCCCUCCCUGACUUGUAUCCCAGCCAUGUACCCCAACCUCAUAACUCAUAAGAGGACUUAGGAGACUGAUGUCUGGCACGGUGUAACCCCAAGCCUGACAAAAGAACAAGAGGUGGGGCAGGGCAGAAAGGGGCUCAGUCAGAUGGAUACAUAAGCUCUAUGAGACUCACCAGGAGCUGCUGUAGAUCUGCUCUCUCUGCAGGGUUCUUUAUUAAGCUGAAAAGAAGAAUGAUUAGUGUGAGUGCAUUGGUUCUCAGUCACACUGCUUAAAAAAAAAAAAAAAAAAGAAUUUGCAUUACCUUAUCAGAAUUUGCAUUAGGUACUUUAUAUUCGUUGUUUGACUUGAGAAUUACAACAGCUUUUGAAGAUACAUCAGUAUUUAUUUUUUAAAGAUUUAUUUUUAUGUUUACUUAAUGUGUAUGUCACAUGUGUGUGAAUACCCAAGGAGGCCAGAAGAGGGUGUCUCAUUUCCCAGAGCUGGAGUCACAGUCCAUUGUGAACCAACAUAUGAAGUCCCGUUCUUUGGAACAGCAGCAAGUGUUCUUAGUCACUGAGCUGUCUCUCUAGCCCCAUUGUAUUUUUUUAGUAGCCUUGAAAUUUAGAGUAAUUUUAGGAUCAUAGUCAAAUUGAGCAGAGUGCAUAGAAGAGUUCUCAAAUAUCCCUUGUCUUACACAUACAGCUUUCCCUCCUGUUAACAUCUUGUACCUAAGUGGUACAUUUGCUACGUGUGUGAAUCUGUCACAUCACAACUAUUCAGUCUAUGAUACACUAGGGUUUACUCUUGGUAUUGUACAUCCUGUGCAUUUUGAUAAAUGUAUAAUGGCAUGCAUCUUACAUUAUAGUGAUAAUCUAUAUAAUCAUAAUAAUACAUUUGCUGCCUUUAAAAUACUCUGUGCUGUUUGUCCUUCUCUACUCCCACAUCCCUUCAACUAUUGAUCCUUUUAUUGUCACCAUAGUUUUCCAUUUUUCAGAAUGUCAUAUAAUUGGCAUUAUAUAAUAUGCAGCCAUUUCAUGUUGUUUUGUUUGCUUGUUUAUUUUACAUUUAAUGAUCUUCCAUGUCAUUUAAUGACUUGCUGGCUGGUUUCUUUUUCAUGCCAGAUAUUUUAUUGUCUGAAUAUACCAUAGUUUAUCCAUUUGCCAACUGAAAGUAUUAUCCUUAUUUUAUGGAUAAUGAAAUUAAAGCUGAGAUAAGUAAAUGACUCAAGUUCACAUUUGUAUAAUACCCUCUUUGAAAAUAAACUCUAUAACCUUAAUCAGUGGUCUCUAAUGUAGAGUGCUCACAUGUGUUGAGUAUGUAUAAGAUGAUUAUAUAUAUGGAUGAGUUUUAGUGGCACCUAUGCUGUGGAUUGCUUUUGUAUAUUGUGAUAUACGACUGUUGUCUUGUGACCAAGUAAAGUAGAUUUACAGAUGAUAUUUUCUAAUAAGUUUUCUUGAAAACUUAACAGUUUAAAAUUAUAACUGGGAUCAUAAAAUUCAUGAAUAUCAAAAGUAGUUCUAAUAAUGUAUGCUCAAGCAAACACAAAGAGAGGAGAUAAAACUUAUUUUUAUAAGUUGCUUAUCACUUUAAGUGUAAUGUGAAGACAAUUAUGCCUGUCUGCCUGCCUAUCUUCCUCGCCUUCUCUCCUUCUUUCCUCCCUUCUUUCCCUUUCUGGAACUCACUGUGUAGUCUACACUGGAUUUGAAGUGGUUAUCCUGCACAUAAUAGAUAAAUCCUCCACCUCUAAGGCAUAUUCUUGGCCUUUAGUUUUUGAUACAGGGUCUCACUUUAUAGUUCAGGCCACUAUUCAACUAGCUAUGUAAUCUAGGCUGGCUUUGAAUUUGAGUUCCUCCUGCUCUAGCCUCCAAGUGUUGGAAUUAUGGAUAUAUGCAAAAUAUGCUGAGCAUGUUUCUGAAUUUCUGAGAGAGACUUGGGUAAUGGUGGAAAGAAGUAAGGAAGUGCUUUGGGGACUUGGUAAAUUAACAUUACUUAGUAGAAAUUAUGUAUGCUGCCUUGUCAGUAGAGAAAUCAAGCAUAUAUUUAUAUCUGUAUGAAAAGGAACACUAAAGUAAGACUUGUGGCAUGAUGUACAUGGGCAUUGUCUUUUACUUAAUGAAGGAUCAUGUUUAAGUGUUAGUUUUCUUGGUCUAAGGGAGUUCAACUAGUUUAAUUCUGAAGUUUCUUAGAAUUUGUUAGUGAUAGAUCGUUUUGUAUAUAUGUCAGUUUGAAAGCAUAUUUUUAAUUUAGCAGAUUUGUGUGAAAAACGUGAUUUGGUGAACCUUUGAAUACAAAUUGAAUACAAAUGUUAAAUACUAUGCUAUUCCAGAGAACUGUCAUCCUCUGUCUGAUGUAUAAAAGUAUGCUAGCUCUUGUAGAAGGAAAUCAGAACUCAUGUAUGGAAUGUAGCAUCUAAUUAACAAAAUAAAUUAGCUAUGCAUGAAAAGUUAUAAAAUACACAGUGUAACUACAACUAAGUCAGAUUUAUGUUAUUGCAUGUCACAUUCGUGGGCUGGAAAGUGUUUGCCAUGAAAUUGUAAGAAUAUAAGUUUAAUACCCAGAAUUCAAAAAAUCAGCCAUGGCAGGGCAGUGCUGGCACAUGCCUUUAAUCCCAGUACUCGAGAGACCUAUGCAGGCAGAUUUCUGAGUUUAA